AUUGUUAUCUGCGAUCAUAACUUGAAUCGCUGCCCUACCUAAAUUCUUUACAAAAUAUCGUGCGACAUCAGGCGACACUGCUUCUUCGGUUCAGCGACAUCAUCUUCGUCAGUCAGGCGACACUGCUUCUUCGGUUCUUCCAUACUCCAAUAGGUAACAGCUGCCGCAUCUAUGGCUACUUUAAUUUCACAAAAUGUGGUUCCGAAAGACAAAAGCGAGAAGCCCAAAAGAAAGGCAGCUCUUGACGAGCCUUCACCGUUAGAUUCAGUCCAAGAACCUGACAAUUUAAAAGGUUCGGAUUCCGUAAAGCCAAAAAAGAAAAAGAAAGAACGAAAAGAGAGCAAAGAAGCUGUAACCGAGCAAGAAGCCGAAAUGAAAAAACUCGAAAACGCCUUGUUUGGUUCUUUAUUACCGGUCACCUUCGGAAACGACAGUGAAGAAGUCGAUGAACCAAAUGACGAUUCUGCCCUUUUCUUUACGGAUCGUUCCGCCAACAGUGUGCUGUCUGUUUAUGAAGAUGAUGUAGUAAAGGGAGAAAUAGUCGGUGCAGAUAAUAAUGCCAAACGAAAACCCGUGUGGGUCGAUGAAGAGGAACAAAAGGUCAACAUAAACAUAGCGAAAGUCAACCGACUGAGAAAGAUGCGGAAAGAAGAGGACGAGAGUAUAAUCACGGGUACCGAAUACGUAACACGGUUACGGGCUCAACACAUGAAGCUAAACCCAGCUACAGAAUGGGCCCUUUUCGAUUCACAAGCAAAAGACGACACAUCAGAUAGCGACAGUGAUCAAGAUAAUGGGGAUAUUGAUACCAUCUUUCAGACCAAUGAAGAUCUUGUCGUGAAGGGUAAAUCAAAGUUAUUACCGGGCUCACUUGAAUACGCUCGAUUGGUUGAUGCAAACGCACAAGACCCGUCACACGGGCCGAUCAAUUCCGUUCAGUUUCAUAGAAACGGGCAGUUGCUUCUCACUGCCGGGUUAGACAAAAAGCUACGGUUUUUCCAAAUCGAUGGAAAACGGAACACGAAAAUUCAGACAAUCUUUCUCAAUGAUUGUCCGAUCAGAAAAGCGUCGUUCACACCCGAUGGUUCUCAGGUUAUUUUAUCGGGAAGGAGAAAGUUUUUCUACAGCUUAGACUUGGUCAAAGCGAAAACCGAUAAAAUCGGUCCGUUAGUCGGGCGAGAAGAAAAAAGUUUAGAAAGUUUUGAAAUCUCACCGGAUUCGAAAACAAUCGCGUUUAUCGGAAACGAAGGUUAUAUCUUAUUGGUAUCAACCAAAACGAAAGAACUUAUCGGAACUUUAAAAAUGAACGGGACCGCACGUGCUUUGACUUUCGCUAACGGCGGUCAACAGCUGCUAAGCACCGGCGGUGACGGUCAAAUCUACCAUUGGGAUCUUAGAACCAUGACGUGUUUCCACAAGGGUGUUGACGAAGGAUGUAUAACCGGCACCGCGUUAACCACAACUCCAACUGGAAACCUCUUUGCAGCGGGUUCUGAUAGCGGGAUUGUUAACGUAUACAACCGGGAUGAGUUUCUCGGCGGAAACAAAAAACCCGUUAAAACUAUCGAGAAUCUAACGACGAAAAUAGAUUUCAUGAAGUUUAACCAUGAUGCGCAGAUUUUAGCGGUUUGUUCAAGCAUGAAAAAGAACAGUAUGAAGUUGGUGCAUAUACCUUCGUUUACGGUUUUUUCAAACUGGCCGCCAGCAAACCGGAAUUUGCAGUAUGCGCGGUGUUUGGAUUUCAGUCCUGGUGGCGGUAUGAUGGCUAUGGGUAAUGCUGCGGGUCAUGUGUUACUUUACAAGUUAAAUCAUUAUCAACAUGCUUAACUGCACAAGAUAACCAAGGUUAAGUUAUUAUUUUGAUGAGGGGUUUAAAACCUGUUUUUUCAAUGUUUUUUCAUACUUGAGUCUUGAUUGCACUCAUUGGCAUCUAUUUUGGUAUCUUUAUGGCACACUCUUUUUGUUUAAAGACUUUGCUUAUCACCUAUUUUAUGGUAUAAUUUUGUAUUUGUUGCUGCUCAUAUGGGUUAAGAUAAUGUGUAUUUGUUCAUAUGGGUAAAAGAAUGACUGUGUCAACGGUUAAUCGUUGAUUUUACAAAAUUGUGUAUUUUCAAUAGGCCCGGCAAUUUUAACCCAAGGAGCUGAUUAUGGGUUCAUUUGGGCUAUUAUUUUAACACAAUGGGUAAUUUUGGGUUUAAUGGUUUUUUCCAAUGUGCCAGGAUGGACCCUUCUAAAGUUAAUAAAAAAUCCUAGUAGGUCAAACUGGGUUUAACAAAAAAGAGGAUGGGUUAUCUUCUUCUCCAUAGGUCUUUGCAAUUCACGCAGUGACGCACUGAUCUUCCUGCUACGAUUCAUCUUCUUUGCCGAUUCAGUAUCAAUCCAUUCAUCACACAGUGAGUUAACUCAGAUUCAGCAUAGUUAAUUUUUGUUCUUGUCGAUUAGAUAAUUAUUUGUAUAUUUGUAGUUAAUUUUUGUUAACUCAGAUUCAGCAUAGUUAAUUUUUGUUAACUUAGAUUCAGCAUUGUUAACUCAGAUUCAGCAUAGUUAAUUUUUGUUAACUUA